CUCUAACAGCUGAUAGUUUACACGGCAAUUGGUAAAUUUGUGUGUUCCAAACAAAGCGUAUUUAAUAAAUUUCAGCUUAGCAAUGGGCGUCACUGUAUUGCUGCCAUAUCAGAUACCAGAAGGUAAGACUGGCGCUCAAGCCAUUGACUACCUCACCAAGCGGCUUUUGGCAUUGGGCGCCAUACACACCGGUCAAUUCCUGGUCGAUUGCGAAACAUACAUUUCCACACCACAACAUGGACCAGCUAAAACUGUACAUGUACUGCACGAUUCCGAAUAUCCCGCAUCCACAUUUUCCAUAUUAGACAAUGGCGCCGGCAAACAAAUACCACUUGUGGCAGACAACCUAUUCGAUUUGCUUAUGCUGAAAAUGACUUCAGUAUACACAUCGAAAAAACAAACAAAAAUUGAAUCGAAAGGUGCGCGUUUCGAAUACGGCGAUUUUCUCAUUAAGUUAGGUUCAGUGACAAUGAUGGAAAACUUUAAGGGCAUACUCAUUGAGAUUGAAUAUCGACCAUGUGUUGUGCUUUCAUAUUGUUGGGAAAUGAUACGUGAAACUUUGCAAGGUUUUCUCGGCAUGCAAAUUGCCAAGGAGUAUCCAGCAUAUUUUUCGCAACAAAUAAUGAAUACUAUGGGCCAACAGCAGAUACAUACCAAACAAAAUGAAGUGUACGAGCCAAUCGAUACGAUUAAUCAGUAUUUGGAAAGUUUCACAAAUUACCGCAAACAAAAUGUGUUGCCGGUGGCAGGCGGUGCAACGGGUGGCGCGACGUCAGCGCAAAAUGCAGCUGGCAAUAUGCAGGGCGGCAAUCAGCGCAUGCGGCUCUAGUGUUAGGAGUCGGUUUUAAGAUUGUAGUAAUUUUAGACAAAAUUAAAUUAAUUAAGUUAAGUGAAGAAGUGUACUGCUGUAAUUAUUACGUAGCUCGAACA